CCUGCCCUCCAGGAGCCGCUCUUGGGUCUCGGAUCGCAUCCCGCCCCUGGGGCUGUCGCCGUGGCAUGGGUGCCGUGGGUCGGCUCUGUGUUUUCUUGGCUCUCGCCGCGCCAGGGGUCCUCGGGAUUACUUGCGACCCUCCUCCUCCUAUCAAAAAUGGCCGGAGUGUUACCCCUCAGAAUCCUGUGCCUGUUGGUACUGUGAUAAGGUACUCUUGUUUGAAUGCCUUCCGCCUCAUCGGAGAAAAAACUAUUUUUUGUCUAACUAAAGACCAAGUGAAUGGAGUCUGGGAUAAACCUCCUCCAACAUGUGAACUUUACAAUAAAUAUUCUACUUGCUCUGAGCCCAUGGUACCAGGGGGAUACAAAAGUAAAGAAUCUAGAACACAAUACAGACAUGGUGAUUCUGUGACAUUUAUCUGUAAAACCAACUUCACCAUGAAAGGAAACAAAACCGUGUGGUGCCAAGCAAAUAGAACAUGGGGGCCAACACCACUACCGACCUGUGAGAGUGAUUUCCCGGUGGAGUGUCCGUCACUUCCCAGGAUCCUCAAUGGGUAUCACACAGCGGAGGACAUUAACCACGUUGCCCCGGGAUUGUCUGUGACUUACACCUGCGACCCUGGUUACUUGCUUCUUGGACAAAAGACUAUUAAAUGUUUGUCUUCUGGAGAAUGGGAUGCUGAAACUCCUACAUGUAAAGAGGCUCAGUGUGAACCUCCAGGACUAGUUCCCAAUGGGUGGGUGGAGGCACCGGCGAGUCUUCGGGUUGGCACAACUGUGACCAUUUCCUGUAACACAGGGUAUCGAUUACAAGGUCAACCUUCUAGUCGAUGUGUAAUUGCUGGACAGCAAGCUGUUUGGACCAAGAUGCCAGUAUGCCAAGAAAUUCUUUGCUCACCUCCUCCGCAUAUUCUCAAUGGGAGGCACACAGGCAGCUCUUCGGCGGAUGUUCCAUAUAGAAGCACAGUCACUUACACUUGUGACCCAGGCCCAGAGACAGGAGUGAACUUCAUCCUCCUGGGAGAAGACACUAUCUAUUGUACUAUCAACAGUCAGGGCACAGGGACAUGGAGUGGUCCUGCGCCACGCUGCGAGCUUUCUACCUCUGCGAUUCAGUGUCCACGUCCGCAGAUCCUAAGGGGCUACCUGUUAUCUGUGCAGAAAGAUCAAUAUUCCUACAAUGAAACAGUGGUAUUUGCUUGCAUGGCUGGAUUCACCUUGAAGGGCAGCAGACAAGUCCGAUGUAAUCCCCGAGGCACAUGGGAACCGUCAAUACCAGUCUGUGAAAAGGAAUGUCAGGCCCCUCCUAAAAUCCCCAAUGGACAAAAUGAAGGUGGACACGGGGUUCGCUUUGACCCUGGAACAUCCAUAAAAUACACCUGUAACCUUGGCUAUGUGCUGGUGGGAGGAGAAUCUAUACGUUGUACCUCUGAGGGGGUGUGGACACCUACUGCCCCCCAGUGCAAAGUGGCAGAGUGUAAACCUAUAGGAAACAAACUCUUUACCAAACCGCGGGAUCAAUUUAUUAUGCCAGCUAUGACCUCUUCUUGUGAUGAAGGGUACCGGUUAAGUGAGAGUGUCUAUGAGCAGUGUCAAGGCCCAGUUCCUUGGUUUAUGGAGAGUCGUCUUUGUAAAGAAAUCACCUGUCCACCACCCCCUGUUAUCUACAACGGGACACACACAGGGAGUUCCUCCGAAGAAGUUCUGUAUGGAACCACGGUCACAUACACAUGUAACCCUGGGCCAGAGAGAGGAGUGGAGUUCAGCCUCAUUGGGGAGAGCACCAUCCGGUGUAUAAGCAAUGAUCAAGAGAGAGGCACAUGGAGUGGGCCUGCUCCCCUCUGCAAUCUCGUCCUCCCUGCCGUCCAGUGCUCACACAUCAAUAUUGAAAAUGGAUUCAAGCUGUCUGGCAAGGAAGCCCCUUAUUUCUACAAUGACAGUGUGACAUUCAAGUGUUAUCACGGAUUUACUUUGAAAGGAAGUAGUGAGAUUCGUUGCAAAGACAAUAACACCUGGGACCCUGAAAAACCAGUUUGUGAGAAAGACUGCCAGCCACCUUCUGGGCUCCACCACGGUCGGCAUACGGGUGAAAAUAGGGUCGUCUUUGUCCCUGGGAUGACCGUAGACUACACUUGUGACCCUGGCUACUUGCUUGUGGGAAACAAAUCCAUUCACUGUAUGCCUUCAGGAAAUUGGAGUCCUUCUGCCCCACGGUGUGAAGAAAUAUGUCAGCCUGAGAGUCAUCAUCAAGAAGAUGGCUCACUUGUCAAAGUAGUGAAUACAUCCUGCCAAGAUGGGUACCGGUUGACUGGAUAUACUUACCAGAAGUGUCAAGAUGCUGAGAAGGGGAUUUGGUACCAAAAGAUUCCACUUUGUACAGUUAUUCACUGUCAGCGUCCACCGGGGAUUAACAACGGGAGGCACACAGGCAUGAAGGCAGAACGCUUUCUAUACGGAAAUGAGGUCUCUUACGAAUGUGACCAAGGAUUCUAUCUUCUGGGAGAGAAAAUUUUACGGUGUAUAAAUGGUUCUGAAGGACACGGAUCUUGGAGCGGUCCUCCCCCACAAUGCCGACUGUCCUCACCUGUCACUCACUGCCCUGACCCUGAAGUCAAACAUGGAUUCAAGCUCAAUGAAACUCUUCCUGCAUAUUCCCACAACGACAUUGUGUAUGUUGACUGCUAUCCCGGCUUCAUCAUGAAUGGCAGUCACUUGAUUAGGUGUCAUACUGAUAACACCUGGGUGCCAGGUGUACCAACGUGUGUCAGAAAGGCUUUCCUAGCGUGUCAGCCUCCAUCGAAGAUCGCCAACGGGAACCAUAGUGGUGGAAAUAUAGCCCGGUUUGCCCCUGGAAUGUCGGUCCUGUACAGCUGUGAUCAAGGCCACCUGCUCGUGGGAGACGCACUCCUUCUGUGUACACACGAAGGAACCUGGAGCCAACCUGCUCCUUAUUGUAAAGAGGUCAACUGUAGCUCCCCAAAGGAUAUGAAUGGAAUCCAGAAGGGACUGGAACCUGGGAAAAUGUAUCAGUAUGGAGCUAUCGUAACUCUGCAGUGUGAAGAAGGGUACACCCUGGAAGGCAGUCCCCAGAGCCAGUGCCAUGACAAUGACCUGUGGAAACCUCCGCUGGCUGCUUGCAAAUCCAGUUCUCCUUAUGAUCUUCUUCUUUAUGGUAUUGCUGGUGCUUCAAUGAUUGUUAUCUUGGCUAUCGUCAUCCUAUACAUGAUAUUAAAGUACAGAGGACGCAAUUAUUAUACAAAUUCAAGCUCUAAAGAAGGAGUUCUUCAUUUAGAGACACGAGAAGUGUAUUCUGUUGAUCCAUACAACCCAGAAAGCUGAUUGGAAGAUGAACUGGGUGCCUCACUGAGUGGAAUCCAGCCAUACAUUGAUUGGGCAGAAGUCACUCUAAACCAGCAAUGAUUUCAUAAGCUAUCGCUUCUUGUAUUGCACUCAUUGUCAAGGAGAACAGAGAAGGUUCGCUUGACUGUCAAGAUAGGAGCCCAGCUCCUCUGCCAUGUGCUCUUCAAGGACUUCCUGAAGCCUCACUUGCGAUGUGCCUAAAGCCAGGCUACGGCUAGAAACAAUUAUGAGAAGAGUCCCCAUUUUUAAGGAAGACGCUAAAAAGUCCUCAUAUCUAGACCCAUCUUCUUUUUGUAAACGGCAUAUUCACUAUUACUAAAUCCUUUGGGUUAUAAUGCGUUCAUUAUGGAAACAAAGUAUGAAGCAUUUCCUCUUGGUCGUAAUGGUCGUGCCUCUAUUGGAAAGUCUGGUUUUAUUUAAAUAGCAGCUUUCUUCUCUGAUUGUAUCAAAUGUUUUACUUUUAUCCUACAUAGUUUGAGUAUUUCUCAUGAAACAGGCUUUACCUUUCCAUACUCACUUGGUAUUUCCAAUUUGCACAAGUCUUUAAAAUGACCAGAGCCAAAUUUUACUUCUAAAGAUUUGAUGUGCAGUUCAAGCUUUGGAUGUUUCCUUAGUAGUAUUGCCAUAAGCUCUAAUUACUUGUAAAAUAUCAUUUAAUAAUAUGUAUAUGAACCAUUCAAAUAAAUUGUA